AUGGGAUCCGAUCGGAUCCGAGACUGUCGGAGUCCAAUGCGAUUCCGUCACCCGAGUUUCAUCGGAUCCGUCGAAUUNUCCGAUGCGACCCAACAUGCGAUCCCGUCACCAGGAUUUCAUCGGAUCCGUCGAAUUCCUGUAGGAUCUGAUAAAAUCCUAUAUUGGAUUCGAUGGGAUCCGAGUAUGGGAUUGUUCGACCUGGGUAGUUUAUUUAUCUGA